AUGGCUUCAUCAACAUCGACGGCGACCCCGAUGAAGCAUGCCUUCACUCGUCACGUUGAGGAGGUCAAGGCCCCCAAGAGCGAUAUCAAUGCCUUGAUCCUCGACUACUUGACCAUGGCUGGCUACCCCAAUGCGGCCAAGAAGUUUUCCGCAGAAGCCAACCUUCCUCCGCAACAGGUCCAUGACUCCAUUGAGGCAAGGCAGCAGAUCCAGACAGCUAUACACAGAGGCGAUAUUGCAGAAGCGAUAGGCGAUCUGAACGAUCUGGACCCCGAGAUACUUGAUACAGACGCUGCACUUCAUUUUGCACUACUUCGUCUGCAGCUUGUGGAACUCAUCCGCCAAUGCAACGCAACGCCUGGGCGGGAUAUCAACCCAGCCUUGGAGUUUGCUACGCAGCAACUUGGUCCGAGGGCUCCAACGAAUCCCCAGUUUCUCGAGGACCUUGAGAAGACGAUGGCGCUUGUAGUAUUCUCUCAUGAUUCGCUCGAUCCAUCUCUCGCUGCGCUUCUGAAGCCAGAUCUCCGCCGGGAGGUUGCUGACAUGGUCAACAAGGCUAUCCUUGAGCGUGAGACGUCGCGUAGGGAUGCGGCGAUACGCCACUUGGUCCAGAUGCGAGCUUGGGGCGAGGAAAUUGUCCGCAAGGACGCCCAGAAAGAUCUACCAGCACGAAUCGACCUGGGACUUUAUGGUGAUGAUACUCAUAACGGUUUCCACGAGAACGGUCAGGACACUGUGAUGACUUAG